AUGGAGGAACUAUGCACUGUGCCUGUGAACAAUAAUAAUGUGCCCCGGGGAUUCGGCGCCUAUGGUUCUAAGCUUGUUGCCCAGAGCUACGAUGGUGCUGCCGUAAUAGCUGGCCAUUUAGAAGGCCUUCAAGCUAAAGUGAAAAAGAAGUUGAAACAUGCAAUUUUCGUUCAGUGUAUAGCACAUAGACUUAAUUUGGUUUUAUCGCGAAGCAUGGAUAAUAACGUUUGGGAUAAUAAAGAAACAUGGGAUGCUGAAAUUGGUACUGCCGCUAAAGGAUAUUUGCAUUGGCUCAAACAAAACUUUGAUUUCAAUUUUUUGCUCAACAUUUUUGCAGAGAUUUUCCCUUUUACUGACAUUUUAUUCGACAUUUUACAGACAAAGUCAAAUGACAUUGGCUUUUGCAUUAAACAAAUUGAUGAUUUUAAAAAUAAAAUGAAUAAAAAACGAGAUCAGUUUGAACACUUUUGGAAUAAGACUCAAAACAUUGGCUUAGAACUUGAAAGAAAGAGAAUUAGAAUUGAUAAUGUCGGCGACAGAGAGACCUCCUAUCGUCGAUUAUACGCAGAAAAUUUUGAUAAUAUUUUACAACAAAUGAACUCUCGAUUUCAAAACUUUAACGAAUUAAAAUUUGUUGAAUUGUGCAAUUUUAAUAUUAGAUUGGAAACAAAUAAAAGUCUGACGGACCUAGGUCUGGCGAAUACGGAGGAUAGUUUACCAGUUCAAAGCCUAGCUGAUGAAUUUUAG